AUGGUCAAAAUUUACUUCAUGGCACAAACGCACGACUGCCCUCCAUCAGGACCCAUUGCCCUCGGCAAUAUCAUUGCUUUACCUUCGUUACCUGAAGAAGCAUUGAGUUCAGUUCCCGCCUUACCAAUACGACUGAUCCAAGAGUCCUAUCAAACGGAUUGGACAGCCGAGGUUGGGAGACGCAGGCAAGGACAAAUAGGCCUGUGGACGAAGUUCUUGCAGGUGUUAGGAGUCGGGAUCGACUUCGGUGUCGAUUAUGACAUUGGCAAAACGGAUAUAUGUGACUUUCGAUCGAGUGGAUACGCGAUUAUUCACGCCUGA